GGCAACAGUGUGAGUUUGACAUGCAAACACCAGGCAGAGAUUUUAACCAUCAAAGUGGUCACAACAACUCAGUAGACAUGGUGGACACCCAGCAGCUCCUAGCCUGGCCUGUGGGAUUCAGUCUGAGCGCCGUGGACUUGUCAGAGCUGGAUGACAGCUCCCACUCGCUGGACAUGAAGCAUUUCUCCACGUUAGACUACGCCUCCAUCUCCACUUCCUCCAUCCCUUCCUCCAUGUCCCCCCCACUCGUCUCCUGCGUCUCCUCUGCCUCCUCCGCUAGUGUGGCCUAUGACCCCAGUCCACCACAGUGCGAGGAACACCUGACCAACAUGGACUACACCAACAUGCACAGCUACAGGACGGAGCAGGAAAUGCACAACUCAAUCAAACUGGAGCCAGAGUCACCUCCUCAGUACUCGGACAGCCCCAUGUUCUCCAGGCACCAGGAUGACACAUCAGCCACAGCGUUAAACAUCGAGUGUCGAGUGUGUGGAGACAAAGCAUCGGGGUUUCACUACGGCGUCCAUGCCUGUGAGGGCUGCAAGGGCUUCUUCAGACGCACAAUCAGGUUAAAGUUGGUGUACGAUCACUGUGAUCUCCACUGUCGUAUUCACAAGAAGUCUCGCAACAAGUGUCAAUACUGCCGUUUCCAGAAGUGCCUCAAUGUUGGCAUGUCACACAAUGCCAUUCGUUUUGGCAGAAUGCCGCAGGCGGAGAAGGAGAAACUUCUGGCUGAGUUCUCAUCUGACAUGGAGCACAUGCACCCGGAGGCAGCAGAUCUGAGGUCUCUGGCCCGGCAUCUGUAUGAGGCCUAUCUGAAAUACUUCCCCCUCACCAAGGCCAAGGCCAGAGCCAUCCUCUCUGGGAAGACAGGAGAUAACGCACCGUUUGUCAUCCAUGACAUGAAGUCUCUAAUGGAGGGAGAGCAGUUCAUUAAUUGUAGGCAGAUACCGAAUCAAGAGCAGCAGCAGCUGACACCCCCCCUUACAGCAGGACAUGGAGGUUUUCCAGCUCCUCACUCAGAUUCUGAGUGCGCCAUUUUGGACGCUGUAGAGCUGCGUUUCUUCCACAGUUGUCAAUCACGUUCAGCCGAAGCAGUUAGAGAAGUGACAGAGUUUGCCAAAAGCAUCCCAGGAUUCAUCAAUCUGGAUCUCAAUGAUCAGGUUACCUUACUAAAAUAUGGUGUGAUCGAGGUUUUAAUCAUCAUGAUGGCUCCUCUGAUGAACAAAGACGGGACUCUGAUCUCCUAUGGACAGAUCUUCAUGACGCGGGAGUUCCUCAAAAGUCUCAGGAAACCCUUCUGUCAAAUGAUGGAACCAAAGUUUGAGUUCUCAGUCAAGUUCAACACGCUGGAGUUGGACGACAGUGACAUGGCGCUCUUUCUAGCAGUCAUUAUCCUCAGUGGGGACCGCCCUGGCCUGCUCAACGUGAAGCCCAUCGAGCAGCUCCAGGAGACAGUGCUCCACUCGCUGGAGCUACAGCUCAAGCUAAACCACCCAGACUCUCUGCAGCUAUUCGCCAAACUGCUCCAGAAAAUGACCGACCUGCGUCAGAUCGUCACCGACCACGUGCACCUCAUCCAGCUGCUGAAGAAGACCGAGGUGGACAUGUGCUUACACCCACUGCUGCAGGAGAUCAUGAAGGACUUGUAUUAGAAUUUAAACUGGGAAAUGGACAAGUUAAGAGAAGUGGAAAGCAAAAAAAAGAAAAUAUUUCUGAAAUCAGGAGUUGUGAAAUAAGAUGAGAAAGCACAAAAAGGAAGGUCACCAGACAGGCUGACUGAAAAUAAGAGUGAGAAUGAAAGAAAAGAGAAAAGAGGUCCAUGGAAAAGAAUCUGAGUGAUCUUGUCUAGACAGCGACAUGUGAAUACAUUGUGGUGGACAGUCAUUCAGCCACUGCUGAGCCUGAACUUCUUGUGAAUGAGUAGGCUUACGAGUAAUACAUGAAGCAAUUACUUGUUGCACCAAUCAGGGACAAGCAUCUCUGAAAGAGAGGGGACUUUUCCUUUUGACAAGAUGAAGCUUUAAAGCUCAACACUUCAGGAGGAGAAAUAUAUCACUGUGAAUAUUUGACACCUAACGUACAGCAUACCUACAGACACGUUACGUUACAGCCGCAGCAGUGUGUACGUGCCUCAUAACCUCUGCAAACUUGCACAAAUGCAUGAACACGCAUGUGCAUAGGCUCUGCUUUUGCAUCAGGGAGGAAGGUGCUAUCUCAUUUAAAAUCAGCUUUAUCCAAAGACAGAGAUCAGAUUAUUGCCUGUAACAUAUUUCAGACUCACCUGCAGAAACUGUGAGAUCGUAUGAAGCAUACGAAAGAGGCACGUAACCGUAAAGAUGUUAGCAUGUGUCAUAAUGUGCCUUAAAGGAUUGCUAUUUUGAAAGAUCAAUGCCAUUUAAACAUUAUAUACCUUACACAUAUAUAAUGUUUGACAUAUCUCAGCAUUUAUUAUUUUAUAUGGCAAAAAAUGUCAAAUGCAAGUUAGCUCUGAUUGUUUUAUUCAAAUUCUUUCAAAUAGGUUUGAGUUUUCUAUGAAAUUAUUUUGUAAAUAUACAAAGACUGUCUGAUCAUAGAGAUGUUUUUUAAUGGAGAGGGGGGUGGGCAUAGGGACUGCUUUGAUUACACAGGGGUGGAUAAAAGAGAAAUUUGUUGUAAAUAAAAUAUUUUGUAACUUUU